CGUGUCAUUCCAGAUACCAAAAAUUGCGACUGUCAGCCCUCUUUCACAAUCAAUAAGACUGCUCUACUGUUUUCGUGAGUAUCGCCUGCUUGCCAUGGCAGCCGAACGCAGAAUAGCGAUCGAACUGGCCUCUGACCCGGACGAAGCAACCAUGAAUACCGCUUGCACCGUGGAGGAGCUCCUCUCUAUCAAUCCUGAUACUCGCCAAUUGUUUGCUAAUAAAAUCAACGAAAUAACCUUGACCGGUCAAUGCUCAGAUGAAGUCACACAGCUGGAACACAUCAGCUUCCCAAACCUCCGCCGUAUGAAUGUCAAGCCCCGCGAGCAGGUCUUAGUAGCCGUCCAGCACUUCUUUUUCCGCCUCAUCGAGCGCACUAUCACACUAGAAGAUGUGGCUGUGUGGCUGCAUGUCGCGGGUGAGCUCACAAGCUCAAGAGCUUUCUCUCUCCUCUCUGUUCUACCCGUUCUGAAGAGUUUGGAGUUCCGUACACUGGCUGAACCUCUCUUGGUGGGUGUCGCCGCUUCAAAGCAGAUCUGCACUCCUGGACGCUUCGCCAGUCUGAGAAAACUCAACCUUUCGGCCAAGAGCCACACCGUUCCCUCCUUGUACUUUUCCCCUCAGCUGGAAGAACUGUCGGUCGAUCUAGACGAUUCCACCGGACUGACCCGUGAAGGCCUGCUCAUCAUAUCAAAGCUGAAAAACCUCCGCUCUUUGAAGUUAUCAGAUGAAACCUCAGAUGGCAAUCUCCACUCGAGCAUAUCGUGCUCUGGAUUAAUCUCGUACUUUUCGCACAUGAAGAUGCUCGAACAACUCGGAAUCGCCUUUCUUUUCAGCGACGGCAUAGAGCGCAAAGUGUCGACAUCUGACCUCAUGAGUAUCGCAAAGCAACAUCCCAAGCUUAGAUACCCCAGCCUGCCGCAAAUCGAUGGGUCCCUCCGACUUGAAACGACACGACGGACCUCUGUUUCCGGAGCUUCAUCACCUCUAUAUAUGGGUGAACAAACAGGCCUUCUAUCCUCAAGGUAGUGUAUUAUGAGACUUCAGAUUACUUCCACUUGCCCACGGAAAUUGAGGCUUUCGAUUACAUGUCUGUGCUGUUUGCUCACUGUCCGAGAAUCAGUGUCUUUUCCUUCUUCCACUCUUUCUAUUGUCCUGACUGGCUUCCUGUUUGGAGUACCAAGAACAAGAUU